CGGCUAGCGGGGGGGUUCCAUAGGUUCCAUCCUCUUCACAUUGGUUCAAGAGGGCGGGAGGACACUCGGCCUGCCCUGGGAGGUCUGGUCUGACUUGGCGGCCCGGUGACUUGUUUCUUCUCGUUUCUUUUUCCCCCCCCGUCUGCUAACGAUGUCAUGCAUGCCGUUUUCCGGCUGGCUGGAGAACCCAUAUUUUCCCGUUGCAACCCUAUGUUUGUGCGCCUUUUCCCUGCAGGUGGGUGGAGAGGUGGUGGGGAGGUUGGAGACCAAAAAUUUCAAGAAAAAAAAAGCUAAUGUGCUGCUGCUGCUCUUGUUACCCUCUUCUCUGUUAUCUAGAUAUACCUGGCAUUUUCAGCAUCAUUCAAGGAAAGGGGGGAAGGGGUGCGUUUGGCUUUGGCGUAGAUUUAAAAACGAGAUUUCUCCCCAACAAAGAUUUCUAAUGGUUACCUCCUUUUCUCGUUCCUUGUCUCACGGUUGAAUCAAGACUACCCGCCCUGCAAUCUGUAGACUGUGUGGGAUGUACCCUGCAGCAUGGUGUGGGCUCCGUUUUGAUGCCCAAGGCAAGACGUCCCGAGUGUAGGUCUCCAGGCAGCAAGAUCAUCAAU